AUGGAGGCGGCCGGCGCACCCCUGGCCCCCGACGGCGCUGCGCGGGAGUUGCGCGUGCUGACCACGGGCACAGCUGGGGGCCCAUCUCUCUUGCAGGGCACGGUGAUGCUGCAGCCUGGCCAGCUGCGCAGGUUGAUGGCUGGCCAGGCCGCGACGGAGCACCCAGACCAGGUGCUCAAGAGGAAGGUAAUGCUCGUGUCCGCCGCCAUCGCCCUCUACAUCGCAUUCUCGGCGAUGAUCCAGUCUUUCUGCAACCUUGCGGCAACCGAGAUGCUCAGGCAGAAGCUCCAGAGCUUUGAUGAUAUUAAUCAGGACCCUCACGUUGCUGGAAUCAUUAACUCCCUCCCGACCAUGGUGCUGGCCAACUCUUUUCACUCCAUCGUCUUCGCUAUUGCGACAGGCAUGCUGUUCACACUCUGCGGCUGCCUGGCAACGAAGGGCAACAACACGUGCUGCGCCGGCUGCUUCUGCUGCUGCACCGGCUGCCACCUCGGCAUGGGCUGCCUCGCGUUCUUCGGCAUGCUGAUCUUCAUGUUCUGGCUCAGCGCCGUGGACACGGGGCUGCAGGUUUGGCUGCAGAAUUGCGACCCGAUCGAGGCGUGCGGGAGGAACGGGACGGCCACCGACCGCGAGCACAUGGUGGACUGCCUGGCGGCGGGCAUGUGGCGGGACUACCAGCCGCACUUCGGCGAGAGGAUGCCGCACAACUGCCCCCCGCUCUUCCUGGAGUGCGGAGGCACCCGGGCGGCCCUCCUCGCCGCCGACGGCGGCGCGGAGCCCCUGCCGCCAGCGUACCUGGACGACGGCCUUGAGGGGCAACGCCAGGGGGGCCCACAGACAGUCAAAGUCACCCGCAGACCUCUCCCGGUGGAGUCCAUCCUGGCUGGUUGCUCCGAGGUGCCGCCCCCGCUGCAGCACCUGCGCGAGCACCCCGCGGUGGAGCACUGCGAGCUGGUGGGCGGCGCCGCCUACGUGGUGCGGAGGGCCGGGUCGAAGGGCGCGGCGCCGCUGGGCGGCGGCGUCGAGGACUGGGACUGGGAGCUCGAGGAGUACGUCAAGGCGCGGAUGAUCGUCGGCGGCUCCUCCGCCUCGGCGGCGCCGCGCGUGAGGUUCGCCGACCGGCUGCCCGAGCCCCCCUCGGGGCUCCGCGCGCCCUUCGGGCUGCUGCACGCCCUGGACGCGCUGUUCGCGGACGCGGACGCGGACGGCAGCGGGGAGGUGUCGCUGGAGGACUUCGUGAGCUUCUGCCGGCGCACCGGGCUCUUCAGCAGCAGCGAGAGCGAGGCGCGGGAGGUGUUUCUCAAGAGCCGGUCUCAGCCGAGCGCCUCGGAGAUCUUGUUCCGGGGGAAUGACCUGUUCGACAUGGACAUGGGCGCGGAGGCCCACAACAAGAUCAAGUUCUACGACUUCCAGAAGCUCGUGCUGGACGCCGGCAUCGUGGAGGUGACGAGCGGGCACGACCACGUGCGGUUCUUCGUCGACGAGCGCGCCGUCGACGUCAUCCUGAGGCGGUGGCUGGCGAUGUACGAUUCGAGCAAGCAGGGCGCCCUGCGCUUCGAGGACUACGUCAGCCUCAUCGCCGACUAUCGCAUGCCGCUGUGCUCCUCCGCCGAGGCCUACGACAGCCUCGCGCGGCGCCGAGCCCCCGAGGGCGCUGCGGCAGCAGCGCCUGGCGCAGAGGCUGGGCUGAGGCUCGAGCACCUGCGCUUCGUGCUGGAGCAGGGGGGGGUGCUCGAGACCGGGGCGUCGGUCGAGGCAGAGGACGAGCUCGGGAAGCAGUGGCGGGACAUGAAGGACUCCCAGUCGUUUUUGCCGCCCGCGGGCCGCGUCUUCGUCGCGGACGGCAGAGAUCGAAGAAGAAAACAAUGCUGA